UUUUCUUGGGAGAAUUUGUUUGUGAUCGGUGAAAAACAUGGAACGAGAAAAUGUUUUGGUGAAGAUUUUCCGUUUAGUAGAGGGUUUUAUUCAAAAGCUGUCUUUACCUUCAGAUGUUGUGAGUUUGACUUUCAGCUGUGAGAAAAUUCAUAAAAUUGGAGUGAAUGAGUUGGCAGUCUCGGAAAAUCUUUCUCAACUUGUAAAGGACUUUAAAUCAGUUCAGGACAGUUGUGGUGCCAGGGUUGACAAAUCAGAAACUGCUGAUGACACAUUGACAACUCCUGCAGCCAAGAAAAUGAAGUCAGAUAAUAAACAGGAGCAGAAUGAUGUUUCAAAUGGCAUUCAAGAAUUGGACAGUUCAUUGAUCCAAGUCAAAGCUGCAAAGUCAGAGAUUGAUAGAAGGAUUUCAGCAUUCAUACAACGGAAACGUGUGGAGGUGGACUUGCUCAACAAGAGAGAAUUUUGUAAUGUUAUUGACACAGGAAAUAAUAACGAAUUUAGAUGUGCACGGACUGAUGCAGUGUUUGUGCGCCGGCUUGGACAAAAGAGCCAUAUCAAAGUUACCCGGGUUGAAAACACAAGCACCACAAGUGAGGCACAAGCAUUAGGACCCGAGAUCUCAAAACAAACAACCCAACCUUCUCGGCUGGAAGCAAGGUUUUGUCCUGGAAUAGAAGAACGUCUCAGGAACAUGGAGACACACCUUGGAUAUGGUCCAGGGAGGCCUGUUCCAUGUGACGUGUACAAAAGACUCGCCGAUCUCGAGGAAAAGAUCUUGCACCUCGAAGGACUCUCGCCGGAGUACUUCAGACAAAAAGCUCAGAGUAUGAGACAUGGACGAAUAUCUUCAAGUGGAGAAAUGACUGAUUCUACUCAGAACCUCACGUUAGAUGCGAUUGAUGAGCGGAUCAGAACUUUGCGGCACUCACUCUCCAAGGGACAUGCCUCAUAAACAGUUCGGUUUCGCUUCAAGUUCAGAUUUAGUUCAGUUCUCACGGUCGAGGCGAAAGGAAUUCAAGAGCUUCACCUUAGCUUACAGCGUCACUUUGGAAUACCAUCUGUAACACAACGAACUGUGAAAUCUUGGAAAUGUAUUUUUUCCCAGGGAAACUGGUUUCGUGCGUCCCUCCUCUCCCCCCCUACCUUGUCCUGUCCUGUCCUCUCCCCUUCCCUUCCCUCCCUAAAAUUUGCUUUUUGGCGAACAUUUAUACAUAUUAUAACCAGUGUCUGAACUAACAUCAGUUUUCUUCACUGCUCAUUUGGCAUUGUCUCAAUCUUUAUUGCCUCAUUCUCAAAUGAACAUUCUAUUUAAUAAAUAUGUCUCACUCUUUUCCAGUAUGUACAACAUUUACAAGUCACUUCAUUUACCGCUCAUGCUCUUUUCUGCAUAUUUUUGUGAGGAACUGACAAUUUUCUCAGUUUAUCUUUUCUUCCCUGGCAGGGAUGGCAGAGCGUGUUUUGAAUGAUAUUCUAUGUAUUAUGCAAAAUAAAAUGGUUGUUGUUGUUGUUAUUACAAGCUAUCGCCAGAGGCGCUAACUUGUAGGGGGUUUGGAGAUAUUUGUAAAAUUAAUACUUCAUGUAUUUUUUGCUUGAAAUUGGGGGAACUAAAGCCCCUCCCCGUACCCCCUGGCUCCGCCGUCCCUGUCCUGCUUAGUUUUAAUAUUUUAUCUAUACACGAAUGCUGUGGGGAACUCAUCUUUUUUUUCGUAGCUCAGUAAUACGAUGGAAUCGAAGGACACUUAAGUCAAAACAAUAAAUUAACUGCUUUGUAUGAAACGCCUUCAUCAAAGUGAAGAAUUUUGGCGGAAAACACUCGCGGCGUUCUUCACAGUUUUCCCGCCUUCACUGAACGCGGCUGUUCAUUCCUGACUGAGCCACAGCGGUAAAAUGACAAAGUCACACCCCAUAAUUUAAU